CCAUUUUUAUUAUUUUUCAGAGUCAAAUUCACUCUUUUUUUUCGAAAAUUUUUAUUAUUUUAUUAAUUUAUUAUCAAUAAAAAAAUAAUAUACACUCGAUAAAUAUUUUUAAAAAAUUUAAAUAUAAUUUAACAAUUUUUUUUCAUUAAUUUAUAAAUUUUAUUUAAUUUUUUUAAUUUUUAUCAAUCGACAAUCACCAUGGUUAAAAAAAAAAGUCAAAAGAGAAAAAAAAAAAGGAAAAAAAAAAAAAGAGAAAAAAGAAAAAAAAAUCAGUUUGGUGUCGACAUUUUUGAGGAUUGAUUGUAGUUUUUUUCCUUUAUCUAAAUAGAGUCAAAAUUUUUUUACAAAUUAAUAUAAUAAAAGGAAAAAACAACAAAAAAAAAAAAAAUUAAAAUUAUUGAUAAAAAAAAUUAUCAAAAAUGGGAAAAGGAUUUAAUAAUUAUAUGUGUAAAAAGUUUUUUCAUCCAGCGUCAAGAGAUAAUUUAAAACGAGUAUGGAUGGCAGAAAGACAAGCUGAUGUUUACAAAAAAAAACAAGAAGAAUUGAGACUUCAAUAUGAAAAAGAACAAGAUCUUCACAACAACAAGGCAAUGCUGAGUAAAGAUAGUAAAGAUAAAUUAAGUGUUAAUUUUAUGUAUGAACCACCACCAGGUGCUAAAAAAGAACGUGAAAGAGAAGAUAAUGAACCAGAAUAUAAAUUUGAAUGGCAACGUAAAUACAAUGCACCACGUGAAAGUUAUUGCAAGGGUGAUAAUGAAAUACGUGAUCAACCAUUUGGUAUACAAGUUAGAAAUGUUAGAUGUAUUAAAUGUCAUAAAUGGGGACAUAUUAAUACUGAUAAAGAAUGUCCAUUGUAUAGUCAAGCAAUGAGUGCUGUUGUAACAUCAACAAGUGAACCAGUUGAAAAAAAAGAAACACCAGAUGCAUUAACAUUGGUACAACAAAUGAGAGAUGAUGGUUUAGCACUAAAAAGAUCAGCAUUAAAUGCACAACAACAUCUUCGUGUACCAGAACAUGAAGAACUUUUAGUAUCAUGUGAUGAUGAACCACAAGAUGAAGAAGAAUUUUUUAAUUCAUUGUCAAAAAAAGAACAAAAAAGAAUAAUUAAGAAACUUGAAAAAUUAGAGAAAAAAAGAGCAAAGAAGGAAGCAAAACGUAAAAAGAAUAAAAAAGAUGAUAAGAAAAAAAAACGUAAAAGAAAAUCAAAAAAACAUGAUUCAUCAUCAUCAAGCAGUAGCAGUGAUUCUGAUUCCGAUGAUUCAUCAAGUUCUGAUGACGAUAAAAAACGUCGUAAAAAAUCUAGAAAAUCAAAAAGCAGCAAAAGAGAUUCAAGUACAAGUAGUGAUUCAGAUGAUAAAGAAAAAGAAAUGAUAAUAAAAGAAAAUAUAAAAAAUGAUAGAUAUCGAAAUGAAAAAAGAAGUAAUAAUGGACGACCUAGAGAUAAUCAUUAUCGUGAGAGAGAAGAAAGAGAACGAGAACGUGAGAGAGAAGAUAGAGAACGAGAACAUGAGAGAGAAAACAGAGAAAGAGAACGUGAUCGAAAACAAAAAUUUUAUGAUCCUGAUAAUGAGAAAAAAUACAGACGUGAAACAAAAAGAUCAAGAUAUUCUUGAUUAUUUAAAAACUAGUCACAGGUAUUAUAUAUUUAAUUUAUAAUGACGUCAUGUUAUUCUAAACAAAAGUAGAAAAUAUUUCAAUGAAAAAAAAAAUUCUACAUACUUACCUGUGAAUAGUUUCAAUUUUUGAUAACAAGUCUUUUUAUUUAUUAAGUUUAAUUAUUUAAAUUGUAAAUAUUUAUACAAAUAUUUUGUUGAGUUAUUACAUUAUCGUGUUGUUGAAAUAAUAACUUAAAAAAGUACAAUGUUGCUUUUUUUAAUGUACAAUUUAAAGUUUUGUUUUGUUCUUUUUUCUAUCCAUGCAAUUAUCAACGAAACGUAAAAAGUUAUAUUCAUCAAAUAUUUGUAAAAAAAAAAAACCAUGUUUUUUUAAUAAUGAUAUGACAUUAUU